AUGUCCAAGGAAGAUGAGCUUUCAUACAUCGACUAUGAGGCCUUCCUCGAUCCAGACUUCUCGGCGACGUCAUUCGCCAACACGCUCGUCCUCUCGACCAACAACCCCUCCGACACCCCGCUAGAUCUGUCAACACCGCUGUCGCGCGUCCUCUUCGAUGUCCAGGAAGUCGACACACACAUCGAUACCCUGACUACCAAGUCGGCACUUCCGCUGCUGGAACACACGCGGGACCAUGCCGAAUCGAGCGGUCGCAUACUGCACGAAGUGGAAGGACAGGUUGCCAGCUUGACCGAGUCGUACAAGACGCUAGAGAAGGAGGUCAUUGAGCGCUACGAGGUCGCUGAGCAGGUGCGAUUGACAGCAGAGAGGCUCUGCGAGACUGUCAAGCUUGGUCGAGCCGUCGCGCGAUGUCUCAUGCUAGGCAGACAGCUCGAGGUGCGUAUGUCGGAGCUGGGCGGUGUUGGUAGCGCAAAGAGGGAAGACCACAGAGCCAUGGUGCGCUCGGCAGACACGAUCCUGUCAUUGCGCCAGCUCCUUGCAGCUUCCAAGCCAGGCGAGGAGGGUGAGGGUCUGGACCGGGUCAACGUAGUGAACACGCUCAAAAACGAGCUCGUCAACCCAGGCGAGCGCAGCAUAUCGUCGCGCGCUCAGCAGGUAGUCAAGGAGUUCUCCAUGUCCUCGCUACUAUCCUCAUCAGGUCAAACAUCGGCAUCCACCUUUUCGCAAACCGAAGACACCAAGUCGAGAACCACGUCCGCGCUGCUCACCCUGUACCUCCUCUCGCCGGUAUCGACCAAAACCACGACCGACACCUUCGAACCGACCCUUAUGCUCAAUGCGCUACAAGACUACCUCCAGACCCAGCUAAAGUCAUCUCUCGCAUCGCUCGCGCGCGCCUUGGGCCAGCUUCCUACGCUAGAUCGCACCCUCCUCGAGAUAUCCGCGCGGUGCCAGAACAUCGUCGCACUACAAUCCCUCCUUGAAAGCAUCAAGCCACCCGCGCACCCUCUACUCGACACCGCGCGUACUCCGAGCUUUUCCAACUUCCUACAACCCCUCCUUCAAGCCCUCGAUACAUCUUCGCUACCCAGCUACUUCUGGAGGACGCUCGCCUCCAACAUGGCGCCGAGAGUGCAGGAGCUCAUGAACAAGGGCGGUGUGUCUGCAAGGACGCUGAGGAGUAACAAGACUGCUGUUGGGGACUCGGUGAAGGAAUGCGUCAGUCGUGGUAGUCAGUUACCCGGGGCGUUAUCGAAUAAGGGUGUCGCUGUGACUUGGGAGAGGGAGGCUGCUGUCAUGGUUAGGAGUGUGACGGGGCCGAUUAAAUGA